AUGGCUUGUAAAUUUUUGCUUAUCGCUUUGUUCGCCUGCGCCGCUGUAGCCAAUGCUGGUCUACUGCCUGCUGCCGCUAUUGCGCCCGGCAUUGUCGCGCCCUACGCAUCCUCGUUCAAUGCUCAUCACAUCAACCAUGCUGUAGCGCUGCCAGUCGCACCAGCACCCUUAGCUGUAGCCGCACCACCUAGGUUAGCUUUCGCUGCGCCUGCCCCUAUUGCAGCACCUGUUGCGGUAGCGCCAAGAGUAGCUUUUGCCGCCCCUGCGCCAGUUGCUUUCGCUGCGCCCGCUCGGUUAGCUGCUGCACCGCUGGCUGCGCCCCUGGCUGCUCCUUUGCCAUUUGCCCCAGCUGCAUAUCCUUUUGCUCCAGCACCUCUACGCUUUGCCGCGCCUGCGCCCAUUCUGGGUUAAAUUAAAUAAAUGCAUACAUAGAGUACCUGAACUAAACUUUUCAAUACGAACAUAACUCGAGUGUACAUAGAUAAAUUAUGAUUUAAAAUUAUAUAUUUUUUUUAUUAAAUAUUGAUUCAAAGAUUAGCAUUCUCAAUGAAAAUUAAUUAAAAGUAGAAGAAUAAAAAA